AUGGGGAUACAAGCUAGAUUAGAACUUCAACUUCCAUCAGCUGUUUCUGAUACGCCUCCUGGCCUGAUGAGUCCGAGCUCGUCAACUCAUACGCCCAGGAUUUCCGAGGAACGAACCUGGGCUCCUGCUGUUGUGCCUAUAUCACCUCCUAUGUCUAGUUAUGACCCGAGUACUAGAUCCGAUAUGUCAGCUACGAGGGACUUGGAAGACGGCCCAACACGAAGGGAAAAUCUUAACGGUGCACCUCGACAGCAACUUCCGCCGUUGAGCAGUUUGUUUGGGCCGCCUCAGCAUGUCCGUCCAGUACUGUCUCCUCUCCCAGAUCGACCAAGUCCUCUCCAUAGUGCGCACUCUCCGCUGGAUAGACCGCACUCGAGAAGUUCAUCCUACUUCCCGAAUGUCUCUCCGCCGUUAAGUCAACCACGUAGUGUAUACGAGCCGAGGGUAGAGCCUGAAAGGCCAAUACUUCCCUCGGUUUCUUCCCGGUUUCCCGGACCACUUAGGUCUCCAACACACGAAUUCGAACACGCACAUCACGCAACGAGAGUCGAGACUACCCAGACUGGAAGGUGGCCUAGCCAUCAGGACUCAAGGCGGGAGUAUGUAUUUGAGUCCCGACCACCAACUCCCCCUUUUAGGUCAGUCCCCGAGCGUGUCCCGCUACCUCCCUUAAACCAACGGCUGGGCUUUGAACCCAGCCCGACAUUUAAGAGAGAAGCUCGGGUGCCGUCAAGCCACUCGCCAACUCUAACAAGCGCUGUUGCACCGGAAGGCGCACCAGUAAAAGACGGGUUAGGACCUAAGAUUUGGACAGGAACGCACUUUUUGCCUCGCUUUGUAAAACAAGCAGAGGUUCCUGGAGAGGGGUUGUGUUAUUUCUACGAUGAUGGAACUCAUUGCAAGACGGUCAUUGAUGGAGAACCAGUUAAUGCUCAUUGGGGAGUUACAAAGGCGGGAAAACCGAGAAAGCGACUUGCGAUAGCUUGUCUCACGUGCCGGGAGAAGAAAAUUAAGUGUGACCCCGACUACCCUCGAUGUGUUCAGUGCGAGAAAUUUGGUAGGGUCUGCAAGUUUAAGAACGCUCCCCGUGGCGGCCACAAUACUUCUCCAGUGGCUUCACCCGCCGAACACGAAAUGUCCAGGCAACUGGGGCCACACCCUAGCGCAGUGGAUUUUGGAAGACCAAGGAGUGCCUCGAGCACAUCCGUGUCGCCACGAACAACUAAGAUUAGUCAUCCUUCCCCUGAACUGCUCCCAGGUCUGUCCUCCAAGCGAAUGAAGCAUUCAUACGACGACUAUCCAAGGCACGCGCCGCCGACAAGCCGCCCUGCUCAAAUGAUACCUAUCCCCGAGUUCAAAAAUGCGCCAAAUAGUAUGCCAGCCUGGCCGCGACAUGACUUGCCUCGUGAUAUUUUAUGUCGGCCUUGGCAAGCAGACCCUUAUGUUUCUAAUCCCUAA